AUGGGAUGUUGUUGCUCUAGACGCUAUUUUGAAGAGGAAGAUGGCGCUAUUAAAUACCGUCUUAUCCAUGGUAGACGAUACCAUAAUCUUUCGGAUUCAAUGUAUUUUAUGGCAAAUGAUGAUGAAGAAGCCUAUCGUUUAAAUAGAUAUCACGAUGCAAUGAAAGAUAUUUGGAGAGGGCUGUUUAAUUCACCGGUUGAAGAGAAAUUGAGAAAAGGAGCUCAUGUUAUUGAUAUUGGAUGCGGAUCUGGAAUUUGGAUUUUAGAUAUGGCACAACAAUAUCCUAAUUCAAUGUUCGUAGGAAUAGACAUAUCUCCAAUACUUCCAACAGAAAAUCUUCCCAGUAAUGUGAGGUUUUUUCAACAUAAUAUGUUAGAUGGAUUACCAUUUGAAGAUUCGUCCUUCGAUUUUGUUCACGAAAAAUUCAUGACUACCGCUUUUACAGAAACACAAUGGGAAGAGAAAGUUAUUCCAGAAAUGAUAAGGUUAGCUCGACCAGAUGGAUGGAUCGAGGUAAUAGAAGCUGAUAUUUUUACAUCUGAUGGAAGCGUUACAAUGAGAGUUGCAAAAGCUAUCCAUGAUUUUAUGAUAUCGAAGGGAUUGAACCCUAUAAUUGGAAAAGAAAUUCCGCGCAUUUUUAAAAAUACAAAUGCGUUUCUUGAAAUCAGAGAUCAACUUAAAAUUGUAGAUUUUGGUAAAAAACAUGGUAAAUCUGCAGAAGAGACUCUAAAAUUUUAUAUUGGUGGUCUCAAGUCUUCUAAAGGUUUUUUAGCGAACUCGAUGAAUGUAAUGCCCGAGCAUUUUGACGCUCUUAUAGAAACAGUAUCUAUUGAGGCAGAAAGAUAUUCUACUUAUUUUAAUCAAUAUCGAAUCUGUGCUCAUAAAAAGAUUUAA